ACAUUUGAUUUAAAGGUCACAUGCGCCUCCCAAGGGACCCAUUGGUUGUGGGGAAUGCCUCUGCUACGAAAAUGGACCAAGGGUCGCUUUCUGUUUGUGUUCGGAGAACUAAUGACUGAGCUAAACAGUUUCCAUCCAUCGCCAGAGAUCUGUAGCUGGUCAAAAUUUACCUGACUGAUUCAAACUAGCUUUGUCUUAACCAUGCUGUGGAAGUAAAAACAUGAUGCCAAACAGAGGUAACCUCUCCUCCUUCCAGAGCACUGCAUCAGAUUCCAGUAAGCUUAUGGCAGAGUAUAGCCACAUACAAAACCAGUUGGAAUUACAAAAUACUAGUUUAGGAAAAGGCUCUGUGAUGAAUUCCUUUGAAAAUGAUCUCCAGGAUAUUAUGGAUAGCCUCAACCAGAAGAAAUAUUCAUCAAGCCUUAAAUUUAAAACAAAUGGGGACUACUCUGGUUCCUAUUUAACUCUAGCACAACCUGCGCCCACUAAACCCAGCCCUUCAUCCAGUGUUAAAAAUAUACACUCUGCUACCAGAUUUCAAGGAUCUAAACCCUUUUCUUGUGAGAGCCCUUAUCUUUCAGAGAAAGUUGUCUCCGUGAAGCAUGUAGGCUCCGCGUCUCUAUCUUCCAUUGGGUACAGCCCAGGAAGGACAGACUUCAAUAUUUAUGCCAACAGAGAGAAUGAAAAACUCUUUGGUCAAGUGGAUAAGUUUAAUUAUUCAAAAUAUAGUCAAAAAAAUAAAUCGUAUGACGUCUUCUUUCCAGCAAUGCUGGAUGGGAAGAAGAACUCAGGCUCUCUUCUUGCAAUGUGGAAUGGAAAUUCAGGUAGUGAAGUAAUUCUUUCACCUGUUAGCGUUUCAGGGGCAGCAAGCAUGCCCUCCAGCCCAAAGCAAAGCAGGAGGAUGAAUAUUCAAGACAACCUAACCCUUCAUUCAAGACCAUCGAAGCAGAAGGAUGCCAUGACUGAGACUCUAGGUUCAAGAACUAGGAAGUAUUCUGGUGGGUCACUGAGUCAGAUGGGAGUUUAUAGUCGUUCUCUGCCCAGACUGUACAAAUCUACAGAAAGCCAGCCGAUGCCAUUAAGUUUGCCUCCAAGAAACUCUCUUGGUAAUUCCAAAAGAAAAAAACAUGGAGAAAAAGAUCUACCUCAAAAUGUGUUGGAUGCUGAUAAUUACCUUAAUUUUUCUUCUUGCAGCUCAGAGGUGUCACCAUACACAAAUACUGUGUCUGACAGUAAUUCCUAUGUCAGUUCAACUCUUAGUGUUCCUGCAAGUCCCCGAAUAGCUAGGAAAAUGCUUUUAGCAUCUUCCUUCUCCCAUGUUUCUGAUGAUUUUGAUAGAUAUGGACUGUCAGGGGCAAGCCCCAGUAAUUCUUUUUCCCCUCUGGAUCUUGACAGAACAUUCUCUGUCAGAAGAAACAUUUCCACUAGUUCCAUGGAAUUUGAUGACACUGACUUGGAAAGCUUCAGACAGACACCUACCUUACGGGAGAGAAAGAACAGUAUUAGUUCAAUUUCUGGAAGAGAUGACCUAAUGGACUAUCACAGGAGACAAAGGGAAGAGAGACUUAGAGAACAGGAGAUGGAACGACUGGAGCGACAGCGGCUGGAAACCAUCCUCAACCUGUGUGCUGAAUAUUCCAAACCUGAUAGCAAUCCUGCUGGUGCUACCACUGUUGCUGAUGUUCAAAAAAUUAACAAAGAACUUGAAAAACUUCAGCUGUCAGAUGAAGAUUCUGUGUUUGAAGAUUCUCAAAUUAAUCCAGAAACAAGAUUUAGAAACCACUUGAAAUCAUCAGCAAGUGAUUCUGAUUUCUCAGAAUGUAGUAAUCUCAAUCCAAGUACUUCCACUUUCCUUUCCUCUAGAGGGAUUAGAGCUGAUGAGCACUUCAGUGACAAUAUGAAGACUCCUGCUUUAGCUUCUUCUGCCUUUUUGAAGGGUUCCAAUGAGUCUUCUUAUCUAAGUAUCAUUCCAAAGACACCAGAAUGCGCAAGUGAUGAGCAAAGAGGACAAGAGGUUGGUCGGCUGGAGGAAGAACGCAUAGCAAUACUAAAUAACUUAGAGGAACUUGAACAGAAGAUCAAAGAUUUAAAUGACCAGAUGGAUGAGUCUUCAAGAGAGCUGGAUAUGGAAUGUGCUCUUUUGGAUGGGGAACAGAAAUCGGAAACAACAGAACUUCUGAAAGAGAAGGAAAUAUUGGAUCAUCUAAACAGGAAAAUAGCUGAGCUAGAGAGAAAUGUUAUUGGUGAAAAGACAAAGGAGAAAAUAAAGCUUGAUGCUGAAAGGGAAAAACUAGAGAGGCUUCAGGAGCUUUACUCCGAGCAGAAGACCCAGCUUGAUAAUUGCCCAGAAUCCAUGAGGGAACAGUUACAGCAGCAGCUGAAGAGGGACGCUGAUCUGUUGGAUGUAGAGAGUAAACACUUUGAAGAUCUGGAGUUUCAGCAACUUGAACACGAGAGCAGGUUAGAUGAGGAAAAAGAGAACCUGACACAGCAGCUCCUGCGUGAAGUAGCUGAAUAUCAGCGCAGCAUUGUCAGUAGAAAGGAGAAGAUUUCUGCUCUCAAAAAGCAAGCCAAUCAUAUCGUCCAGCAGUCUCAGAGGGAACAAGAUCACUUUGUAAAAGAGAAGAAUAACUUAAUAAUGAUGCUGCAAAGAGAAAAAGAGAAUCUUUGUAAUCUGGAAAAGAAAUACUCUGGACUUUCUGGAGGAAAAGGAUUUCCUGUCCAUCCCAGUAGUUUUAAAGAGGGUUAUAUCAGUGUAAGUGAAAUUAGUGAGCUGUAUGGCAAUUCCACGAGUAGAUCCCCUUCCACUCAGCCCCCCACAGAUGCUGACGCUGUUGCUACUGUGCCUUCCACGGCUGUGCUAGCGAGCCAGCCACAAAAUAAAGAGCUAAGAUCAACUCUCUGUUCUGGAUUUGUGUUUCCUCACUCUCUUUCUCCUCGCUCUAUUGCUCAACUUCCAUCAGUCCAUUGGCCUGAGAUCAUGGUUACACAUGUAGAUCCUUUUCCUUUAUCUGAUACACCUCCUCCUCUUCCAGCUAAGAAACACCGCAGGCAACAACAGCACUUUAGAAAUCUGGAAGAAAGAAAGAAACAGCACAAGGAGGGCAUGUAUAUGAGUGAUACUUUACCCCGCAAGAAAACCACUUCCUCUGUAUCGCCCCACUUCAGUAGUGCUACUCUUGGACGAAGUGUUACUCCUAAAGGUCAUUUACCACUAGGACAGAGUAACAGCUGUGGCAGUGUACUUCCACACUGUCUGGCAACCAUAACCAAAGAAUCUGAAUCAAGAAGACUGCAUAAAGGAGCACUUAGUCAUUCCAAAGGUACAACCAUUAAAGGGUAUAAUCAUCAACAUAUAUGUGAAGAACAAAGGCAGAAAUCUCCUGAAUUCUACAGCAGAACUGCAUCUGAAUCUAAUGUGUAUUUGAAUAGCUUCCAUUAUCCUGAUCAUAACUACAAGGACUAUGCAUUUGAUACAUUAAGCUUAGAUAGUUCUGACAGUAUGGAGACCAGCAUAUCUGCAUGUUCACCUGAUAAUAUUUCCAGUGCCAGCACUUCAAAUGUUGCCAGGAUAGAAGAAAUGGAGAGACUUCUGAAACAAGCCCAUGCUGAAAAGACACGACUUCUUGAAUCCAGGGAACGGGAAAUGGAAGCCAAAAGACGAGCCCUGGAAGAAGAAAAACGUCGCAGAGAGCAACUAGAGAAAAGAUUACAAGAAGAAACUAGCCAGCGGCAAAAAUUAAUUGAAAAGGAAGUUAAGAUACGUGAGAAGCAAAGAGCACAGGCCCGCCCUUUGACUCGCUACUUGCCCAUCAGAAAGGAGGACUUCGAUCUACGAGGUCACAUUGAAACAGCUGGUCACAACAUAGAGACCUGUUACCACAUCUCACUCACGGAGAAAACCUGUCGGGGCUUUCUCAUUAAAAUGGGAGGGAAAAUUAAAACAUGGAAAAAACGAUGGUUUGUUUUUGACAGAAGCAAGAGAACAUUUUCUUAUUAUGCAGACAAACAUGAAACUAAAUUAAAAGGAGUGAUAUAUUUCCAAGCCAUUGAAGAAGUCUAUUAUGAUCAUCUAAAAAAUGCAUAUAAGAGUCCUAACCCAUUACUCACUUUCAGCGUUAAGACUCAUGACCGAAUAUAUUACAUGGUUGCUCCAACACCAGAAGCCAUGAGGAUAUGGAUGGAUGUUAUAGUUACAGGAGCAGAAGGCUACACGCACUUCAUGUUAUAAUAAAAUGGUGCAAGAGUUCAUUUACAAGGCAUAUUGCAAUAACCUUAUACAUGAAUUUAGCCAUAUGCAAGUGAAAUUGAAAAGCCAUAUACAAAAUAUUGAUAACGUUCACAAGUAUCGUUCCUAUGAUGUACACACAGACCCUCAUAAUCAAAGGAUUUCAUAUAUACAAGUGAAAAUAAGACUAUUUGCUUUUUUUAGCUGAUCAUUAUAGUAGCAAAAAAACUAAAGCUAUUGAAAAUGUCAUAGUGUCCUAAUGGAUAAUCAAGUCAACUUAAGUAUGAUAUAUUGAUUCAAUAGUAAUUUUUAUCAACACUAUAUAGAAGAUGUCUUCAAAAAUACGAACUAAACUGUUUACAGAAUUGUUUGUGUGUGCUCAUUGAUUUGCAGACAUUUUAGAAAUGGAACAGAAAGUUAUAAUAGCAUAUAUUUUUAAUAUGUACUAUUUGACAUUUAUAGGUAAUUAGCUGGCUUUUUAAAGUUCUUUUACUUAAAUGUAUUUUAUAAAAAAAAAAGAAAAAAUGUGGAAAAAACCAAUCACACCAGCCUAUAAUACAU